AUGUUUGCAACAAGAGUAAUUGGUAGAACACUUUUUGCAGCAGCCAAGGGUGAAACUUCGUCAGCAGCUGCAGCUUCUACUGCUAGUUCUAGACAUAACCCUCUUGAGGAUUUCUUUGAGGCCGAACGAAGUCCAGACGAUGAUAAACCUGUUGUAUAUGGUAGGGCCUGGAAAGCUUCUGAAUUGCGCCUCAAAUCAUGGGAUGAUCUUCAGAAGUUAUGGUAUGUACUAUUAAAGGAGAAAAACAUGCUGAUGACCCAACGCCAGAUGCUUCAUGCUCAGAAUCUACGUUUUCCGAAUCCAGAACGUAUCUCCAAGGUAAGGAAAUCAAUGUGUCGAAUAAAGCAUGUAUUGACUGAGAGGGCAAUUGAAGAACCAGAUCCAAGGAGGUCAGCUGAGAUGAAAAGAAUGAUAAACGCCCUAUAG